AAAAAUGAUGAAUCGACAAAUGAUUUUGCGCCAACUGAUCCAGGAAACAGUCCUGGGAUAGGACAUCCACCACGACUCAGUGAUGACUUCAAAGUAGUAAAGGUAUUGAAGAAAAAUGAUGAAUCGACAAAUGAUUUUGCGCCAACUGAUCCAGGAAACAGUCCUGGGAUAGGACAUCCACCACGACUCAGUGAUGACUUCAAAGUAGUAAAG